UUCUAUCGAUCCCUGACGAUUCCCUGCGCCUCCCCACUCUGGUGGUACAAUGUGGCGCGCGUCGUGAACCGCUGCUGAAACUUUUCUUCCCCUAGACAAUCAGUGGCGUUUCACCGUUCGUUGCGAAACAAAGUGCAGAAUUGUGGGAGUUGAGGAACCAGUGAUUUUGCCAGUACAUCAGUAAAAAUGGCCGACAGGAUAUACAAUCCUAAUCCUGAGCUUGCGAAAAAAGCUCACUGCAAGAGUAUGGAGCAAUACAGAACGAUGCACGAAAAAUCCAUUCAAUAUCCAGAGGCAUUUUGGGGUGAAAUUGCUAAACAAUUUUACUGGGAGACCCCAACGUCCAAUGACAAGUUUUUCUCCUACAACUUUGACCUCAACCAGGGCGACAUUUACAUUAAAUGGAUGGAAGGUGCAACAACAAAUUUAAGCUUCAACUUGUUGGACAAGAAUGUUAAAUCUGGAAAUGGAGAUAAAAUAGCGUUUUACUGGGAGGGCAACGACCCGGACGAUUACUCGAAGCUAACGUACAAAAAGCUUUUGCAGGAGACGUGCAUGUUUGCUAAUGUUUUAAAAUCGAAGGGCGUGCAAAAAGGAGAUCGUGUGGCAAUCUACAUGCCCAUGAUCCUUGAAUUACCAGUUGCAAUGCUCGCAUGUACGAGAAUUGGAGCUGUUCACAGUGUAGUUUUCGGUGGAUACUCAUCAGAUUCAUUGGCGGAACGCAUGAUGGACUGCAAAGCGAAAGUACUGAUAACAGCGGAUGGAGUUUACCGGGGUGAAAAACUACUACUUCUAAAGAACAUCUGUGACGAUGCACUAGCCAAGGUGAAGGCCCAUGGACACGAAGUGGAGAGUUGCAUUGUGGUGGCCCACUUGAGGAGACUGGCGAAUCCACAUGGAAAAACAACAGCUGGGGAUAAAAAAAAUGGUGUUAAUGGAACAAGUAAUGGAGCUUCCAGUGAGCCAAGUGUCUCCUGGGACGACGACAAAGAUUGUUGGUGGCACGAGGAGAUGGAGGAAGCUGAACCGAGCUGUUAUCCGGUCUGGGUGGCUGCUGAGGAUCCCCUGUUCAUCCUCUACACCAGUGGAUCAACGGGUAAACCUAAGGGAGUUCUGCACACAACAGCUGGUUACCUAAUCUAUGCUGCCACGACCUUCAAAUACGUUUUCGACUAUAAACCUGGGGAUACCUACUGGUGCACAGCGGACAUAGGUUGGAUUACUGGCCAUACUUAUGUGGUUUAUGGACCCCUAGCCAACGGUGCAACAUCUGUUAUCUUCGAAGGUACACCCUUCUACCCUCACAACGACAGAUACUGGUCCAUAAUCGAUAAGUACAAAGUCAAUCAGUUUUACACAGCCCCAACAGCAAUCAGGAGUCUAAUGAAAUUUGGAGACGAUCUCGUCAAAAAACACGAUCUCAGUACACUGAAGGUCCUUGGAUCUGUCGGUGAGCCCAUUAAUUCCGAAGCCUGGCUGUGGUUUUACAAUAACGUGGGCCAUGGUAAAUGCAGUAUAGCCGAUACAUUCUGGCAAACGGAAACUGGAGGGCACGUCAUCACUCCAUUGCCAGGAGCAACGCCUAUGAAGCCAGGUUCAGCAACAUUCCCAUUCUUUGGAGUUCUUCCGGAGCUUUUGGAUGAGGAUGGAAGAGUCAUUGAGGGAGAGGGAGAGGGCUACUUGGUAUUCAGAAGACCCUGGCCGGGUAUGAUGAGGUCUCUCUACGGUAACCACGAGCGCUUCCAGACAACAUACUUCGACAGAUUCCACGGAUUUUAUUGCACAGGAGAUGGAGCUAGACGCGAUGCUGAUGGAUACCUCUGGGUCACUGGGCGCAUCGAUGAUAUGCUAAAUGUCUCAGGGCAUUUAAUGUCAACGGCGGAAGUUGAGAGUGUACUGACGGAGCAUCAGGAUGUGGCGGAAUCAGCUGUUGUCAGUAAACCUCAUCCAGUAAAGGGACAGUGUUUGUACUGUUUUGUUACGCCGAAUGAGGGCAGGACAUUUAGUAAACAAUUGCAGGACGAACUCAAGAGAAAAGUGAGAGAAAAAAUUGGACCUUUUGCCCAACCGGACGUGAUACAACAUGCUCCAGGUCUACCGAAAACUCGCUCAGGGAAAAUAAUGAGACGUAUACUUAGAAAAAUAGCCGUUGGCGAUAGAAAUGUAGGUGACGUCUCCACCCUCGCUGACGAGGGUAUAGUCGAUGUACUUUUUCAACUGAGGCCACAGGCCUAAGAGGUUCUGAAGUGGAAGCAGAGACGAGAGAAUAUGCACUAGUAACAACGAUCACUGUUUAGUGAAUGUAUUUUUUUUUCUGGCAAUUUUUUUGAAGCGGUAAACUUUUGAGAAAUAAUAUGAAAAUGUGCUUCAAUGCUUGUCCAUUCAUGUACUGAUUGCAGAGAGUGAUAAAAUACGAGAUAUUGCUGAUUUACAAGAGAAAUAGAAUUUUAAGUGAGGAAUUUAAAAUGAAGAAUGAAUUAUUAAUGAAAAACGUUGAAAGUCCAGGGGCUUUAAAUAGUUAAAAAUAAUUUACUGUUAAAUGACGUUUAAAUAUUAAGUGCCGUUGACUGGAAAUGCUACAACAGAUGUUUAGAUAAUGUGUUGUUCAGAGGGGAAAAAAUAGCUGACCACACAAAUAUUAUUCAAUGACAAAAAACGAAAGAAAGUCGAUCACUACCAAUAACUAAACAGAAUACGCACUUGCACCAAUGCACAUGUGAUUUAACGAGAGGAUUAAUUUUAAAAAGUAGCCAACAAGAAGAAAAUACGACUAACAGAGCUCUAUAUUAUACGAAAUAAGAGGACAAACGAGGAUAAUGCAGAUUAAAAUUAAUUCACGUCGUUCUCGAUCCAGGAGACGACGAAGCAAACAUAUCAUUCCUUGUGGAACAAAUGUACUUCUAGGUGUGAUAAUUAUUAUAAGCGAUAACUAGAUUAUACACAUGUGUGAUCAUGAGUUAAAAAUAAAUAUAUAGAGAACACGUUGGACAAUGUAUAUGUAUAUAUACAAACGUUAAGACUCAAUCAUAAUGUUGAAAGUGAAAAUAAUUGUCUUGUUCCUACCUUUUGGCGAAGAAAAUCCCUCAGCCCAUUCUCGUAUUCCUUAUCCUAUAUCCUUGUGACUCUCGGAACACAGAUAUGAUUUUUUUCACAAUAAAAAAACUUGAAUGCGAAUUUUUUUAUAAUUUCUCCUAAAUCACUGGAGCACAACACAAAAACACAAACACUGCACAAAACUACACUUUUCACAAAAGCACUGCACUCGUGUCCCACUAUCGGUCCAAAAAUCAGCACAUUGUAACUCUCACGGCAAUAAUGCUAAUUUUUUUAUAAUAAUUUUGAAAUAAAUAGAAAAAAUCACCGA